AAUCUGUCACUUCAUUUCAUUGUUGUAAUAUAGUUGAUGACGGGGAGCUGUAUGUAGAUAUUACAGUGUUUUGCCUUAGGACCGUAAUUAUUUUCAUUAUAACAAGGAGAUAAUUGCAGCGAUAAGUGCUACAGUCGGUGGAUUAUACCAAUAUUAAAUGUGCCUGUGAAAAUUUCAAGUGCUAGUGAGUAACUGGCGGGCGACGAUAUGGGGCAGUCUUCGAGCUCCGUGUUGAGUAAGAGCGGCCGGAGGAGCUCCUUCCGGCGGUUCAUGAGGCGGAGUAAACUGAACAAAUCCAGUUUAAGUCAUACGUUCAAUUUGCCGCCUUCGGAGGACUAUCCGGAGCUGAUGAACGUGAACACGGCCACGGAGGAGCAGCUGAUGACGUUGCCGGGGGUGAACAGGCAGUUGGCGCGCGAAAUAGUGCGGCAUCGGCAAAUGAUCGGACGAUUCAAGCGAGUUGAUGACCUCGCUCUUGUCUCAGGUAUAGGUGCUGAAAAGUUAGAGUUGCUAAGGCCAGAGAUAUGCACAAACAUAAGGAAGCAGGUGUCGCGGGCGAGCUCGCUAACGCAGUCCCUCGACAGCGUGAGGAUACAGUCGGAGACCAAGCUGUGCUCCGUCAACUCCUCCAGCGUGUUCCAACUGCAGUGUGUCCCAGGCCUUAACCAAGAAAUAGCUGCCAACAUUGUAGACUAUCGCAACAAAAAAGGCCCCUUCAAAUCACUCGACGAUCUAAUAAAAGUACGGGGAAUGGACAUUGUUAGGUUAAGUACAGUUAAGCAUCACUUAAGUUUGGAACCCAGGAAGUGUGAGAGUGUACAGCAUUUAACGAAUGGAUACGUCAACGGAUGGGCCGAUGUGGAGACGGCGCCGAUGCCAAAGAGACCGUCCAGUAUACCAAAGACCCCACACAGGAAGAGUCUGUCAAUGCCAACUAAUGCCAAGUUACCUAUGACGUUGCCAAAUGGUUUUGCUACUGUGCCAGUUAACGAUAUAUUGGACCUGCUGUCCGCGUACUCCCAUAGACCUAUAGUGGAGGAAGUGUUCAUGCAUGAGAGAGAUGGAGUGAGGUGUUGCCGUCUCGCUUCGUGGAACCUGCACCAACUGAGUGUGGAAAAAGUCACGAACCCUGGAGUUAGGGAGGUCAUCUGCAGGACUAUUUUGGAAAAUAAGUUAUCAUUAAUAGCCGUGCAAGAUGUAUUGGAGGAGGCUGCGCUAAAGAUAUUGUGUGAUGAGCUAAACUCGCCGGUCCUCAGGCGAGUCAGAGAGUGGAAGUACAACAGCCAACGAUGGGAGUACUGCUUAUCCGAACGAAAAGAAAGGUAAGAAUUCUUCAGCAUGUAUUUUUUC